AUGUCGCGAUUAGAACAGAUCAAGAGCAAUGUAGUAUACAUUUGGCUAAAGAAGAUACUAGACUUUCUUCUUUCACAAUGGUUCUUUUGCCUAUUAGGGGUGUUUGUUGCACUAGCUUAUGAGUAUCCGCAGUUUGCCAAACAGGGAGGGAUGAUUAGAGCAGAGUAUUCUAUUGGAUACGGAGCAGUAGCGGUUAUCUUUUUGAUUAGUGGGUUGUCGAUGUCUACUAAAUCAUUAGUGGUGAAUCUACUCAACUGGCGAGCCCAUUUCACGGUUUUGUCCAUGUCCUUUUUAAUCACAAGUGCUAUAAUCUAUGGUAUUGCAACAGGUAUACGAGCAAGUCACAAUAAGGAAAUCGACGAAUGGCUUCUUGUAGGGAUGAUUGUUACACAUUCUUGUCCCACCACCGUGAGCUCCAAUGUCGUGAUGACAAAAAAAGCUGGUGGAAACGAUGUGUUGACCUUGUGUGAAGUCACAGUGGGUAAUAUACUAGGGGCCUUUGUCACCCCAGCAUUGCUACAAAUGUUUAUGACUGGCAACUGGGAGUUUGGUAAUCCAAGUCAUCAGCCCACUGGAGAUAAUUCGAUUCAAGAUUUGUACGGAGAAACAAUGAAACAGUUGGGUUUGAGUGUUUUUGUUCCCAUAUUCGUCGGUCAAGUUGUUCAAUAUAUGUUUCCAAAGCAAGUUAAAUGGACUGUCUCUACAUUUAGACUAGGUAAAGUGGGGUCAUUUAUGUUGCUUUUGAUCAUGUUCCAGUCAUUUUCAACAGCUUUUGCUCAACAUGCAUUCACAAGUGUCAGUCACGAAUCGAUUAUUUUCCUUGUUUUCUUCAACAUUGGUAUCUAUCUCUUCUUCACAGCUUUUGCAUAUGUUUACUCAAGGCCGUUUUUUGUUAAACGCUUGUUUUCAGAGUUACCAAAUGAAAAUUCUAGCUGGGUUUAUCGUUGGCUGUAUUGGUUUUUCAAACCAUUUUACUAUGACAAAAAGGAUACCGUGGCAGUGAUGCUUUGUGGACCGGCAAAAACCGCGGCAUUAGGUGUGUCUUUGAUAUCGUCUCAAUAUGGUGCACAUAAUCCCAAAUUAGGUAUUUUAUUAGUGCCGUUGGUGUUAUACCAAGCAGAACAAGUUAUGACAGCAAACUUCUUGGUGAAUUUUAUGAAAAAGUGGAUAGAAUACGAUGACAAUAAAGAAAAUGCAAGCGACAAUGAGAACCAAUUAGAUUUAAAAAAUACUAAAGAAGAAAAUGGGGAAAUAUCUCAGCACGAAACUGAAAUCGAUAGGGAAGAAGAUCCAAAAUACAUUAGCGAUGAUAAUGCUCUAGAUAGAGAGGUCAACUCAAGUGUUUCAAGUCCUGCAAGAACCUGA